AGGAUCAUAUUAUAUCCGAAAGACGAGUGACUUUCGCUUCUAAUGAUAUGCGCUUGAGGAAGUAACAUGAUUGGAGCAACGCAAGGAUAUAGAAUCGAACCUAUCUGACCUCAAAAUUGUAACGCGGUGUUCUGAUCACUAUUGAUUUCCCUGGAUUCGACUUAAUUGAUAAAAUGUGUCACGAUAUUGCAGUCAAAAAGCAAACUUUAUACGGCAACAUGGCGUUCAAAAUAUCAAUUUUGUUAUAUUUUUAUUAUGUAUACUGGUCCUCGACAAAAAAUUCACUUAUCAGGAUUGUAUCUAACUGUCCAUUACAAUUAGAAAUUAAAAUUUCUGUUAAAACCUUUGCCUCACCUUUUGUUGAUUUCAGCAACUAUACACAUUUGUUCUAGACGGUCAAAAUCAGACCUUGAAUUUGAAAGUCUUACGCAUCUGGUGUCCUAACUUGAUGCGUACUUUAUAGUUAGAAAGUAAUAGAAAAAGUGAUAACAAUAAUAUUGAUAAUAAUGAUAAUAAUAAUAAUAACAAUGAUAAAAAUCCUUGAUUUAGAGGAGGUAGUUCAAUCAGUACAUGGUACUAUUCUUCCCUGAGGCCUUCUAAAAUAAAAACAAUAUAUUCAUAAUGAUAUGUACAAUCAAAGAUAAAAAUAAAAUGAUAGGUUCCGUGAUCAUAUACAAAGUAUAACAAAUCGGUAUUUAAAUGAAAUGGGGGUUAAUAUUUUUGAUAAAGCAUGGGUAAAUGUAGGUACAUUUAAAUGACUACGGAUAAGUACAUAUAAUAUUCAAACUAAGUUGAACAACACAUAGGUUCAUAUAACUAAGACAUUUAGGAUAAAAGUAUCAAUACAUUUACGUUUAUUUAGGCUAGACACAUAUCUAUUGGGAGAUAGGGUACAGCAAAACGGAAUGAACAUCCUUUUGAAUUAAUUAUAUACGCGGAUUGAGAAACGUAGUACAAAACCAACUACAACUGUAGGCCCCAUUCUUCAUGGGUAAUAUUUCUUCAUUUUUAUUUGAUAAGUUUACGCCAGUGUCAAUUGAAAAAAAUAAUAUAUAGUAUUAGGUCAUACCUUUAUUAAAAUCAGCGAAAUAACAUUCCAAUUAAAAUGCUCCUAGGAUGAAGCUAAAAUAUUUGAAUACAACAUUUGGAAGUUAUCUUUGUCUUCGUCGGGACCACCUGCCGCCAACGCCACCUGCCACCACUACAACUAAAGAAAAAAAAUCAGCCAAUAUCUUUCAAGAUGUUAAUCAGUAUCAGGAUUUAAACAUUGAGAACAUGUUUCUCGAUCAAAGAGAUGUUAGUCAAGGAAAUAAUUGUGCUGUUUAUUGUGAUACUUGAAACGCACCAUUGUGUAGAAUUGCCUGACAAUGCGUGUCAAGCAUCGCUGGAUACUUUAAUGGAGGUUGCACUUUGUCCUUCAAAUGAAACAGAAUAUAGAGACGCUGUCCGGAAAAAGAACUGCGCAGCAUAUAUCAAUGCCUGUAGAUCAUUUGAAUAUCACUGUGUUCUUAAUGAAUGGACCACGAGUCUGGUGGAAGUGUGUGCCCCCUCAAGAUUGAUACUGUAUGGGAAAUGUACAGAGUUUAACAGAGGAUUAAAAUGCAUUCGAGAAAGCUAUAUGACGGAUUGUAAACAGUUUAGUAAACCUUGUCCACCGGUGUAUAAUUCAACGCUGUCAUUUCUGUAUCCUGGGUGUUACGACACAGUCACCACAACGACAAAACGAAGUACUGAAUCAUUAACACCAAACUAUAACGGUACAGGUACAACAAUCGGAGGGAUUGGAAACCAGACACACAAUUUGGCAAACAAGGUACAAGGAAAGAAAGAAAUCAAUGUUAAAGAUGUUCUGGUGAUCGUCUUACCUGUUAUAUCCCUGAUUGUGAUUGGAGCUGUUGUGAUGAUAAUAAUGUGUCUUAAACAGAAGACGUCUCUUUGCAAUCGAUCAAAACGAAGAAUGAAAAGAGAUGAAAACAACUCCACCAAUGAUACAUUGCUUAAAGGUAUGAAUUAGAGACCACAAUCAAAUGGAUUUCAACUGCUCUGAACAGAAUGUGUGGAAGUAAAACCUUUAGACAAUACCAUUAUAUUCUGUUUUUAUAUGUACCAGUGAGGAUCUUCGACUGAACAUGGUUAGAACGAAAAACAAGGAAUAUAUUUUAAUCACAUUACAUUGCAAUUACAAUUGUAGUUGACCAAACUUUUAUUCGUAUAUAUGCAUUGUACGAUGGAUCAGAUAUAGGUAAUAUGGGUAAGAUUUAGGUUGUUUCAUUUUAUUUUGACACGACUGUUAUUGAUGCAAUUGAUUAUUAUUUUUUGAAAAUUCAAACGAAAUAUCUAUAAUUUUGGAACUCGAGUACAUGACAUAUGAAAUUAGUGGAAUCAAGUUUCACAAGACAACAAUGACAAAUCUUCCGAACCAAUUUAACCUCAAUAUGUACAACUCAAAGGCAACAUUCAAGAAACCCGGUAAAUUAUUUGAAUCAUUUUAAUUUCAACAGACGUCCGGGAUAAUGUGAAUUCCUCCUCGAUUGUUAAAAUGUCCACACCAUAUUUACAGCGCCCCGCGCUCCACUCCCUGUUUAUCUUUCGGAUCUUAAAAUCACAUACACGUAUCCUAUGUAGAGAACUUUUUUUAAUUUGUGAUGUACCAAUGUGGUGGGAAACCAGAAAAAAUAAGGUGGUUACUUUGCAACCAUUUUUUUUUCAAUGGUGGUAACACGAGUCAUGCGUUGACCUUUGCUCACACGAGAACUAUUUUAUUUUCAAUUUGUUUUGAUUUCAAAUAAGUUAUUGCAUAUUAUAUAUUUAGGUAUAUUUCGAUUUAUUUGAACGAAAAGCAGAUAUCUACACUUGUUACCUCCCGUCGUCCAAAGUCACUAAGCCACAUCGAAAUAAAUACACAAUAACUACCAUUUGAACAAAUAUGCCAUGUAUAUCCUCCAAAAUAAGAAAACAAAACAGGUCAUACCUCCAUGUGUUUUUAAAGAUAAAAUUUAUUUCUUACACAUAUUUACAUUUUAUUUCAUUUUCUCUCGUAAUUACCAACCGUUACAAUUUGUAAAAAUACCAAAGCAAAAACAUUGGAUAAAUGUGUCAUACGCAGUAUAGAUAUUUCAUAUUCAAUUCAGGAAGAAAACUCGCCUUUCCAUUCCUAUCCUUUUUUAUAAAUAACAUUUAAGUACCAUCAACUCGAAAUAGGUUAAAUUCCAGUUGAUAUUUUAGGCUAGACACUUAAAAAAUCUAGAUGUCUAUAUUGAUGACAGAGGUACGGAUUUUUUCCCCAUACAUAAUAUGAUUUAAAAACAGUCCGUGUAUUUCAUGAACUUGUUACUAUGAAUAUUGCAGAUGCUGUUUGUGUCAAAUACGGUUUGAAAAGUAGAAAAUCGCCAUGUACAGAAAAUUUAAUAAAUGAACAUUUUAAACAUGUGUAAUGAUUUAACCUAUUUUAGAAUGUUUUAUGUCAUUUUUAAUGCAGGUUACAAUCCUCUCAUAUGGUAUGGACUGUAAUUGUAUAUAUUUUUUUCAAAGGCGAUUUACAUAAAACGUAUAACUAUAGGUGUGCAUGUAUUACCCAUUUAAACUACAUGAUUAAGAUAUUUACAAUCGAUAAACAUCUUACAAAUGCAAAAAACAAUAAAGUUUACUGCAAAUACCUGGACUAUUGUCAUGCACUCAAUGGCAUUUUUAAAAGUUUAUCAAUCUAGGGAUCAGGAGACAAGCGCCUAAGAGUAUAGCCUCUCUGUAUAGAAAUUAUAAUAAAUUUUAGUUACUUUUUCAGUUCUUUAAAGUAAAGCAUUUUUUCCUCUACUUCUUUUUUAUACAUUACUAUAUUUCUGAUUUUGAAAGUUGUUUUAUUGUAUGUACAGUUUAUUUGUAAGGAUUUUCGCCUUCGUGCAGUAGCAUUAUUUUGAUAAUGUAUGCAUCUGACAUGAUUCAUUUUCUGAUUCUGAAUAAUCCGGUGGUUUACAAAUUUACAAAAAGAUAGUGUACUUUAUUCAUAUUGCAAUGAGUGAAAAUUAGCUGUACAUGUAAGCAAAAUCAAAGUAGUGGUCUAUAGUAAAUAUGAACAGCACAAUUAAAAUCUUAAAUGAUAUUAUACGAUGAGGAAGUUGAAGUUGUCAAUCAAUUUACUUACCUUGGACUCACACUUUCACACAUAGGCAUUUGCUUUUAAAUGUUAGAUACACUCGGUUUCUCAAGGGAGGAAAUGUAUAUUUUAACUAUUAAAAUCAAUCAGAAAUUGAUAGUUAGACAUGCAGUUUAUUUAAUUUCACGUAUAGUAGUAAAAUAUGACGAUUUUACAAAGGUGGGGCUAUACAAAAAAUAUAUAGAACAUUUUCAAAUCAUGUUAAAGGUUAGUAGAAAUGCCUCUUCAUUGAUGGUGUACAGUAGAUUUGGUUGUUUACCACGUUUAUUUGAUAUAAUGAAAAGUAUUAACGGAGAUAUGCUUGAAAAGAAAAUGAAAUAUAAGACUGUACAAAAUAUAAUGUGGUAGAAAAUUCAAUGCUUUAAUUCGGGUUUUAAAAUGUUUGCUACUGUCAAAAUAUUACAAUUUUCCAGCAUGUAUAAGUAAAUACUAAGUGAUUGUUUUACAAAAGAGCAUGUUUUCUCUCAUAUCUACGUAUGUAAGAUACAGAUAUUCUAUGAAAGAAAGGUAUGUAAGAUAUUUCUAUCUUUCAUAUCACGUGACGUUUAUCUUACAUAUCCCUUGACGUCAUAAUCAAUACACAACUAGCUUGCAACUUACCUCGCCUCGAUUGACGAACACUAGCGUCUGCAAAGCUCUUGUACAAAAAAUGACAGAUUGUAAUGUCCCUAAUAAUCUCCAGGUGUAUGUGACCGGACACAAAAAUACACAUUCCUUGAACAACUACCGCACACUCAACAACAGUCACAAAUUCCUCAUACACCUAUGUCAUCCGGUGCAUUAUGCCAGUUCACAGAAACCCAGCCCACACGGCCUAUUAGUUCUAGGCCUACCUUCACAUUCACUCUGUCAACGUCUACUGUCCGUGUCUCAGGUGAAAUAAGUGCCUCCAAUGUCUAUGAGACUCGAGUCCUUGCACGCGUGGAAAACGAAAGUCUAGCCAUGCCCAUAUUCACCAACAAAAACCACUUGGAAUCUCUCUUCACACACUCGUCAUUAAAUAACUGCUCAAUUAAUAUCAAUAUCAAUGUUCCUCUAAGAAAAAAAAUGUGCAGUUGUGGAUUCAUAUUCUGAUUAGGUCUGUCAAAAUGUUUCGCGCUGAUGGACUGUCGAGUUACGUCACGCAUCACCCUGAUUAUUGAUUUAUUCAAAGAGGAAUAACUCUAAUAUCAUUCACUUAUACACUUGUCGCCGAUUUUUUGUCGGCAACAUAGUUGCCAAAAUGAAGGUCGUAGAAUUCAAUUCUGGUGUUAUUUUUGAUGCACAGCGAAAAAUUAAUUAAUUGGAAAAUUCUCAAAAUGGCGUCGCUUGGCACAAGGAAAACGGAAAACUCUAGAAAUAUGAAAGAAAAAUACUCUCUUAUGAGUUGCCAUGAAAUAUUAAGGUGAUUCCACCCUCGGGGUUGCAAAAAAGCGGUAAAACCCUCGGCAAAGCCUCGGGUUUCACAGCUUUUUUGCAACCCUCGGGUGGAAUCACCUUAUAUUUCAUGGCUACUCAUAAGAGAGUCUUAUAGUCUUUUCUUAUAAUAAUUAUUUGAAGUGUUUCUUGCAUAAAUAUUUAAGAAGCUAUGUAAAGUAAAGCAGUACCGGCCAAAUAUUCAAUUGAUUGUAUAAUACAGAUUAAGUGUACAUUUAUUACCUGUAAUGAUAGAGAAGGUAAUAUGUUCCCGUAUCCCUAGAUAGUUUGUAAUUUUUAGGUUUAUGAUGUGCGUAGGAAAUUGCAUAGUGAAAAGUACUAUUUGCAUUAAUCAAGUUUGUAUAAGCUUUGUAUAAGUCCGUUUUACAAACCAACAUAAAACAUGUAAUAUUUUUCAGUGCAUAUAUGUACCUUGGUGUAACCAAUUUUAGUUUGAUCUCUUCUAUUUUGUAUUUUUAAUGUAAAAUAACAUAUCAUUCUUUAUGUAACUGAGUUAUGUUAAUCUAAUCUGGUAAAUCAACCGAGGACCUCGAAAAGGAGUCUGCUACAAAGGUAAUUUAAUUCAACUUGAGAAAAAAAGUUACCUGAUAUUUUCUCGAGAAAUGCUGAAAUUCGAGUAUUCUCAGAUUUGAGAAAUAUACAAUUCAUGAAUUUGAUAGAAACUCAGACUUCAUUUUUCUUAGCUUAGACUCCCGUUUUUCGUUUCGAACAUCAGGAUUACAUUCAUACUGAAGUGUUUAGAAUCGCUGUAUUUAUUUUUAAUGUAUCAACUAUAUGCAAUAUUCUGAUUGAACGUCAAUUACAUUUUCCUUAGAUUGAUUGGUUUAAUACUAUGUUUGUAAAUGCAAUUUUACCUUAUUGUAUAUGAAUUGUCUUUUCAAAGAAUCUAAACAUCCCUGUGCACAUAUUAA